AUGAACACGAGACCAAGUCUUGACCUAAUUCCUAAGGAUAGAACCAGCCGUGUAAUGCUGAGGGAUGAGUUCCGAUCGGUUCCUGCCAGCACUCGAGUAGCCGCUGGAGAGACAGCACUGCUGGAAUGUGGCCCUCCAAAGGGUAUUCCAGAUCCCAGCCUCCUCUGGAGAAAGGAUGGAGUGUUGUUAGAUCUAGAAGAAUCUGAUAGAGUCCGGGUGGUGGACGGUGGUAACUUGAUGAUCCGGGAGGUGAAGCAGAGCGACGAGGGUAGAUACCAAUGCGUCGCCCAGAACAUAGUUGGCAUGAAGGAGACUGCUCCGGCCAUGCUCACUAUACUGCCUUGGAUUGUCCUUAUCGCAAGGAGAGUGCGGCACGUGUUAUACUCCCACUUACCCCCCGGGCAUUACCUGAACCUUAACUGCCUCUUGUGGCCCUCCAUGGAUUAG